UAGUAAACUCCUGCCAGUGGGAUCAUCGGCUCGUACUAGUACUACUCAUGAACAUUUGAACCAUCAUUCGCACCUUCCAUUCGACCAUGUCAUGGCGGUUUCGAAAUAACUGGCGUGCAUGCCCUUGCGCCCGAAACUUGGCAAGGCACUCUUCAAGCCAGGUCCAGACCCAGUCAACCGCGCUCCACUUUUAUCAAAACCGCCAGCUAGAGCUCUAUGCUUCAAAGGAAGCACACAGGCUGAGCCUCCGACAGCUCGUGAAACUGCUUUUGUAAAAAAAUUAUCGACAUACUCAUGGUGUGAUAGGUGUUCUUUGG